AUGAAACUGUUUUUCAUACCGAAAACGCAAAACCAGUUUCUGUUUACUUGGAAAAUAACUAAUUGGCACCAACACGUGAAAUCAUCUACAGCAGGAAAGUAUUUUAUGCAUCACAUCAGCAGCAGUUCAUUCUAUGUUUAUCCUGGGUAUCACAUGUAUAUUAGUGCUUAUCCAAAUGGUUACGACAUUAGUAGCAAAAAUUAUCUUAGUGUUUUUCUGUUUGCAAUUGAAGGUGACCUUGAUAAAGCGAUCAAAUGGCCAUUUCCACUUUCUUUCUAUUUUGAAUUGGAAGACCAACAACAUGGAGGAAAAAGUGUUCGUCACCAACGAUCACCACCAUAUGGAGGGGCACUGGCAUCUUCUACAUGUAAUAGCGGAUGUGGUUUUCCAAAAUUUGCUAGUCAUGAAUUUAUGGAGUCACGUCGGUACAUCAAACAUGAUUCAAUUUGUAUAAAACUGGGUGUUCAUGUCAAAGUUGAAUAUGAUCACAGGUGA